AUGUCGGCGCGCGGUGGCCGCUCGAACCCAGGGCCAUGGAGUCGAUUGAAACCUGUCAAUGUCGACCCUCUCGAGGUCAUCGGCCUGCCCUCGAAGGGCGACAACAGGCUUCUGGACUACAAGACACAAGAGCGAUACUAUACGAAGAUUGUCGAGCGAUACAUGGCAUUCUGCUCGGCUGCUGGAAAAGCCGAUGAGCUUCUGCGAAGGCUUGGGCAAUUGAGCCUCUCGACCGAAAACGGCAAGACACAACAACCUCCUCCUUCGACCCCAGGAGUGCGACCCAGCAACACUGACUCGAGUCUUGACGCUGCCGGCCAAAAGGACCUCUCAAUUAUAAUGAUGGCAAUGCGAAAACUGCGCGAGGGAAUUGUGGCUUCGGGCAGGGUGGACAGCUUCUCGAUUCAAGCGUAUAUUUUCUGCAUCCGCCUGUCGAUACUGGUGAAAAAUAUGGAGUCAUACCACCCCGCAAUUCUGCACCUACUCAAACGAAUGCACGCGAUCUUACCUCUUUCAAAGGCUGAGCUUCAGGAGUUUGUGGGGUAUCUGGUCUUGGAUCUUGCCUGUCGACAGAAUGAUUUGGCUGAAGCUUAUGUGGUCAGGCAGAAGUACCGACUUCACGACGCCAAGGUCGACGCGAUUUUACAAGCUCUGGCUCAUGACAAUUACUUCAUGUUCUGGAGAAUUCGACGCAGCGUGGAUGGGCACAAGGCCAAACUCAUGGAAUUUGCUGAAGAAGGGAUUAAAAAACAGGCUUUGAAGUGCCUUGGACGAAGUUACCUGAGCAUUGAUUUGCCUGCCCUGGAAGAAUACACCAACUCAACGUGGUACUCCUUGACCAAGGCCCAUGGAGUUGGUUGGCAGUUGGAAGGCACGAAGGUCAUCAUUCGAAAGCCCAAAACAGGUUGA